AUACUCUGGGAGACAGAGGCCAUAACCAUCAAGAUAAGACCACACAAGAAGGCUCACUGCAGACAGGUGUCCAGGGUGACCAACAUCUAAGUUCAUCACAAACAGACCAAGUCAUGACGUUCCAGAAGGCUUUCCUGUUCCUGUUGUUGCUGUGUGCUACAGUGAUGGCCGACGUCAACCAACAAUAUAAUCACUUCCUAAAACAACACGUCGAUGGGGAAAUGACGACCCUGAAGUGUAAGAGUCAGAUGGAAAUCUUGAAUUUGAACAGGCCUGAUAGAAAAUGCAAAUUGAAGAACACCUUCAUCUUGGCCAAUCCAGAUCAGGUCCAAGCCAUCUGCACUGGUGGUGGCACACUGAAGGGAAACAAUCUGGUUCAAAGCAACAAACCCUUCAGUGUAGUCAUAUGUACACAUACAGGUGGGGAGUCCCAUCCCAAUUGUACAUACAAGGGAUCUUCGGCCACUAAGAAAGUUAUCAUUGCUUGUGAUGGAAAAUUUCCAGUGCACUAUGAUGGUGAUGUUGAUAUUGGCAUCACGGAUGGAAAGUGAAUACAUAUGAAAGGUGUGUCACCGCUAAAUGUAAGCACAACUGGAGACAUGUUACUGACAAGGCAGUGGUACUGUAGCUAGCAAAUGAGUGUAGGAGUGUUUGCUCACAACUAGAUCUCUGCUAACAAUUGCAACACUGUCUCCAAAACUGCAGGUUUCCUGUAAUGUCUACUUUCCAAGCGUAACUCAACUAAACUGCUUUGUGAAAUAAAAUAACAAAGUUGUCACUC